AGCGGUUUCACCGAAAAAGAUUUGCUGGACAUCGAUCUGGAAAUCAAGAUGGCGGCAAAUAGAGGCGUUCUUCUCGCCAAGCAAGAGGCCGCAUUUGAAGCGUUCCGUGCUGAAUUUACAAAAGAAGGGUAUGUUCAUUGCCGUCUUUUCAUUGAUUCUAUUUUUUCUUUAUUUCAUUGACGUUAUCUUAUUUUAUUGCAGUCUCACCAUUCCAGAAGGACUGAUAGCGCUCUUGAAAACUACGAAAGUCAAGGCCAACCACUCUCCGGACGAGAGCCGAGCACGGCUUUACAAACGCCUUUGGUGUAUUUUGUGGGUAAGUCGCUAUACUCUUCGAAAAGGCCAUUCCUUCAGUAUUAAGUAGAAGAGGUCCUUCACUAGUCAAUGCGUUGGCAGUGCUUACAAAGUAUAAAUAUUAUCACUUGUCGGUUCUCGUGCGUGUGAAAAUGUUACUUUUCUUUAGCGGCUAGUAAUCCACGUUGUGUAACUAAUUUCUUCAAAUACACUGCUACUUUUCUUGUGUGAACCUUCCAUGCAGUGUCAAUGAUUGAUUCAAGGCAACGGACAUUUUUAGUUAGAUGAAAUGUUCAACAGCAACUUCAUUUUUACUAAUUCAUUUUGUUCACCUCUUUUGUAUAGCAUGGAAGUAAAAAAACGCUUGGAGCUGGUGCAGGAGAAUGGCCUACAUAUGUUUAUCCUGAAGCGUUAAAAAGGGUCGUUAGAGAAUCUAUACCCGGGGAUGAAGUAGAUAGGCCAGACCCCACACAUAAGAGGGUAAGUUUAGUGUUUCUGUACUUGUUAAUCCAGGAUUGAUUUUCCCUUUUUUAAAAAACUAUCAAAUAUUGUUUGUUUUGUAGGGUUCUAAACAAAACAGUCACUUUCAAUAUCAAUGGUAGUUAUCACUAUCAUGUGGUUUGUUUUUUCUUCUCAACUUUGGAUUUAUAACUGCAAAGAUCUUUUUGAGAGGAAAAGAAGAAUAUUUGGGUGGAUCAACUAAUUUAGGCACUAAAUAGAUACCAUUCGCAUAUCCAUUUUUUUUAAUCAAACAAUAUCUUUUAAAUGCUACAAACAUCUGGAAUUUUACUUUCUACAGUAGAUAUUGGUUGAUAAACCCACUUCUUAUUUAUAAUGUAUGUCUUCCAGGUAUACAAGGUGACAAUGGCAGACCUUGCUGCGGCAACAUGGCCUCAGUACAAAACAAAGAAAACCCGUUGA